AUGACCCGACCUGCCAGUCGUGGCAUCAACUUCCUGGACUGGGUCCUGCUCCUCAUCAGCGCCUCACUGCCCGGCCUGCGGAAGAGUGCCAGCACAGUGCGGACAGUGAGUAUGUAUGUGCGAAGACUCACCAUGAGGAGUCAGGUCCUGCUCAGUCCUCACCCCACAGAUGAGUGGAGGAUGGCCCAGGGUCACCCGCUGGCCCAGGCCUGCCCCGUGCAGAUGCUUCGAGCCGUGGGCGGCCGGGGGGUGGGGGGGCUGGCGCCGCUAGACGACUGCGGGCAGCAGCACACCUGGCUCAUUGUGAAACCGGAGCCGCUGACCGGGAACCACCUGCUGUUUGCAGAGGCGCCCUGGACCCACAGGAGGUCACCGGAGGUUUGGCUAAACCCCACGACACCGAACGGAGGCGGGGGGAGGGCGCCGCGUGUUCGCCGAAGGUUGCGCAGCGCCCACAGCCGCUGCCGGGGGAGCAGCGCGGAACACACCCCCAGCCGCGCGGCGCGCGGGGACGAUAGAAGACGCCCUGACCCCACGAGGCACGGCCGGCCUCCCGCGCGGCCCCGCCGCCCCCGCCCCCGGGAAGCCACAGAGGGACUUCCAGGCCCCGGAGGGCUGCGCCCGGGAGCGCCCCGACCCGCCGCGCCGCAGAGGCCGGUCGGCGAGGCCCCGCGGCCACAGCCCGCACCCAGAGCCGCGCGUCCCGACUCCCGCGCCGGGACAAAGCGCCCCCGCACCCCGCCCCGCCCGAGCCCCGCGAAGCGCGCCGACGCCCCACGCCCGGGCCCCGGCACUCCAUUCACGCCCCCCCCGCGGCCGGGCACCCUCGGGCCGGGCACCCUCGCCCUCACGCCCACCCCCCGCGGCCGGGCACCCUCGGGCCGGGCACACUCGCCCUCACGCCCACCCCCCGCCCGGCCCCCGCGCGGCCUUGGCCCCUCGCGCCCCGCGCCCCGCCCAGUCCCGCCCGGCACACCCACGCGCCCUCCGCAGCCGCCCCCGCGGCGGCCCCGCCCGCCCCCUCGCGCCCCGCGGGCCCGGAUUUUCGCACGGCGGGGUCCGGGACCUCCUCGAGGCCGGGCGGGGGCCGCAGAGCCGGCCUCUCCGCCAUCUUCCCGGCCCGCGCCGCCCACCGCCCGCGCUCUCACCGGCCGGCUGCUCGGGGGCCGCGCCGCCACAGCCGCUCAUGUCGGCCCGGGCGCCGCGCCCGAGCUGUCGCGGCUCUCCCGCCGCCGCCGCCGUCAGCGCCGUCGCCGCAGCCGCAGCCGCAGCCGCAGCCCGCUCGGUCCGCGUCCUGCGCCGCCGCCGCCGCCGCCGCCGCCGCCGCCGCCGGGCCAGUGCGCCGCAGCCGCGCGUCCUCCCGUCACCAGCGCAACCCCCCGCCUCCGGCCCCGCCCCCGCGCCUCCCCGCUCCCGCCGCCAGGGGGCGCCGCCACGAACCCCGUGCGCGUGCGCCGGCGUGCGGCAUGCCGGGAGCCGGAAUCCGGCCGAGGGCGCGCGGGGCCUGCCGGGAGGCGGGAGUGCGGUCCUGGGGGCUCCGCCCCACAGGCGGGCGUGGCCAGCGCGCGACCUCCGAGGGCCCCGAGGGCGGGGUCGACGGGGCGGGGCCGGCGGGGCGGGCGCGGCCGGGCGUCCACUCCCCGCGGGACGCUGUCGCACUCGCUCGCGUCGCUCGGACCGCAGCCGGCCGGGCCCUCCUGCCCGACCGCCCGGCAGGGUCUCCUUCAACCCUCGGGCCGCGCGGCCGCCGCUCGGACGUCUCAGUGCGGACCGGGGGGAGCUAAGCCCCGAAACCGUCGGACCCCGCGAGGCUCGGGCGUCCCUCCUCGCGGACUCGGAGUCGCGGCGAGCACGGGUCCUCGCUGGCGCAGUCUGUCGCCCGUUCGCUUAGCGGUCGGACGGCCCGUGCUUCGUCCCGAGCUCCCGGCGACCGCGCGGCCUCCGCUCUCCGGCAGCUCGUCCUCGCGGACCCGCGUCCGGCUCGAGAAGGCGCGUCGGACUGGUGCUUGGAAGCUACGCCGCCCGAAGCGUCCGGCAGCACGCGGAGACCGCGGCGCCCAGUGCGUGGCCGCACCCGCGCGCUCCUCUCCAAAACCGCCAGGGCUGGAAGCGCCGUCGCGGAAGCGCGCGGCCGAGCUCCUGCCCUGCAGCUCCCCGCUGCGCCCAGCCGGAGCUCCUCCAGCGGCUCAGGCUCACCGCUCCUGCCCCCCUUCAUUCUGCCCUCGCACCCCGCACCCGCCCACGUGCAUGAGCCGUCACGCCGCUUCGUUGCUAGACCCUGUCCACAGUGGGCAUCGGAGAAGACCCACCCCGGCUGAACCCAGCCAUGCCCCAUCAUGA